AAAUCAUUACUAAUCAAGAGUUCAGGUUUUCUGUCAGAUAAACUGCUAUUACGUGUAAAUAAAUAGUUUCAAUUAUUCUACACGUGUAUACUAAAGAGAAUGCCAAAAGUUUAUUUGAUUGAUUUUAUGUGACUGGAUUUCUUUACGUUAUCGUAUCAACAUGAAUGAUUUUCAGAAGUUAUUGUUAAUUUUUGGUGGAUUUGUUUCUUAUAUGCUGGCUGAUGGAUACACUUACUCUAUGGGUAUAUUAUAUUCGGAGCUCAUGAGUGCUUUCCAUCUUAGCAGUGUUGAAACUGCCACCCUACCUGGAAUGAUUUUCUCAAUGCCUCAAUUUUUUGCACCCUUUCUGUGUCCAUUACUUGACACUUAUGGAUUUUCGUCAGGUUCUGCAUGGGGUGCAAUGUUAAUGUGGAUCGGAUGCUUUGUUUCCUCCUUUGUGAACAGCUUUCACAUUUUAUACUUGACUCUGGGCAUAUUGACCAGUAUUGGACUUCAGUUGACAUAUUUAUCCGCACUGAUGUCAGUUACUGCCCAAUUUGAGAACAGUUCAUAUUUUGGUUUAGCCAUAGGACUCACUAUGUGUGGUUCAGGUGUUGGUGCAUUUGGGUCGAAUUACCUUAUUGCUUGGCUCCUAAGUAUUUGGAAUUGGCGUGAGGUGUUAUUGAUCGAAUCUGCCAUACUUCUGAACAUUUUGGUUACAGCAUCGUGUUCUCAUCAUUUAGAUGCAGAACUAAACGCGAAAACAUUAGUGAAACAUGAGCUGAGUUAUCCUGACGAUAUAGUAGAUACAAACCAUCAGAACAAGUAUCCUUCCGAAGCAGAUUUUGCCAGUGAUUGUUCAAUGACUAAAUACUUUUGGAGUUCAAUUCCACUUUGUUUAUGUAUUCCAUCGUUGUUCCGCUUUCGAAAUUAUCGUUUACUUUCAUCUCAUUCAAAUAUCAUAAAGAUCAAUGAUGAAAAUACUGAUUAUGAUAUCGUCAAUAAAGAAAGAAUAAAUGGAAUAAGAUUUUCAAAUAGAUUGUCAUCAUUUGGAUGCCCACAAUUUUUACAAGAAUUCACUUCAAAUUUUAAAAAGUUAUUUUCACCGAAAUUAUGGAAAAAUCCCAAUUUCUUAUUUUAUGUAAUAGCUAAUGGUAUAACGGGUGCUGGAGUUGUCAUACCAUGGACAUUUAUUUACGAUCAUGUUCUCACCACUCUAUCUUAUUUGAAUGAUCGAAAUUCAAUUGGAGAUAUAAACAAUCAAGAUAUUUCUUGGCUUCCAUCUUUAAUUGGAUUCGGUUUGCUCUUUGGUCAGUUGUUUUAUGGUUUGAUAACUUCUCAGUUUGGUGACAUGGGUACCUGUUGUAAAAAUAACAGUCAAGAUUGCAAAGUUAAAAAUGGUAGCUCUUGUCAACCAAAUUGUUUUCAAUCCGUCAAUAAAAAAUGUUUAUCGUCAAAGUAUAAAUUUCAUUUAGUAAUCUUCCUGAUAACACUUCUUUUCAAUAGCGCAUGUACACUAACUAUAGCUUUAGUCCCAUUAUGGUCUAUUCAAAGUGAAUUAAAGCACUUUGAAUUAUUCUCGCAUCAAGAAGGAAAACUAUUAGCAUUGGCUUGUUUUUUUGUUGGCAUAUCGAAUGGUGGAUUGUACGUCAUGUUUCCACAGUUAAUCAUUGAUAUUGUUGGUGCUGAAUUAUGGUCUUCUGGACUUGGCUUAUUUUUAACGUUUAACGGUCUUAUGAAUUUGUGUGGAACUAAUAUUGGAGGCAAAAUAUAUGACACCAGGUGUUCAUAUCAAAUGGCACUUUUAAUCGCCGCAUUUCUGCCGCUAUUUGCUUUUCUUUUGGUCGUCAUGAAGGAGAUAUUCACGUGGUUAAUGAAGAGUUCUACAUCAUCUGCUAAUUCUGAUUCAGUGCAAAGACAAAUUUAAAUAUGAUAUUUAUUCUAAGAAUUUAAAUGACGUUUUAUUAAAGUCCCUUUUUAUAGCUCAUAUUGUUUUGUUCACUAGUAAACUAUUUUUGGUUACAUAUUUGCUUACGACUGGAGGAGCAUAGGUUGCCAACCAGGAUCCAACCAGCUUUCUUUUAAUGUAAAUAAAUAAUACAUUUGUAAUAUCCCAAUCAGUAGAAAAUUAGAUUUUCUACUCAUUGGGAUAUUACAAAUAUAUUAUUUAUUUUUAACAAUCAACCCAAUGCUCAAUUUAUUCGAAAUUAUCAAAUCAAACCUUGGUAAUGAUACCUACAAACUCAUUU